AGGUACAGGCGCGCCGACUUUGCCACCCAGGGCUCCGGGUGGCAACGUCGCGUUGAACGGCGUUCGCGGGCCCGGCGCGUCUUGAUUUGGAAGAAGCACCUAAUAGGAAUGGAGCCGUCUAGCUCGGAAGAGGUUGGUCUGGAGCAGGGCGAGGCCCGCAAGGAUUUGGACAUAACUGAGACGGUUUUGAAGAAGGGGACGCUGUCGCUGUCAUCUGAUGAGGCCGUAAUAGUAAGGUUCCUACUGGCGCUGGGCGAGAAGUGGAGGCGUCACGGCCGGGAGGAGCUCGCAAGGGAGCUAAGAAGGGCCAGGGAACGGGGGGACAAGUUGACGCUUUUCGCCGGCAUUGCGGAUAAGCUGGUACGGCUGGAGCUGCCACCCAUGGCCAGGCCCCAGGCAAUGGGCGAUGAGGUGGGGGAUGUGGCGCCGGACGUGGAGGAGAGCAUCAUGGGCAUGGUGGAGGACAACGAGAUCGUGUCCCUGUCCGCGAUCCUGGAGCUGAAGGGCGCGUGCCUGGAGGAGGGGGAGUCCGGUGGUGUGGAGGAUGGGCGGCCAGCUUCAUCGACUACGGCAGCAGCCGCGGUGGAGGGCACUGCGGUGGCUGCACCACCAUUGAAUGUGGUGACGCCAAAGGAGGGAAUGGCUGAUGUGGAAGCAGCAGGCAGUGGUGCUGGUGCUGCCCGCUCUGGUACUGAUGUUGUGACAGACCUGCCGGAGCCCGGGGUUGCUGCUGGAGAGCUAACCGAUGGCACCUUGCUAAGGGAGCUGUACAUCGCCCUGCGAGUCCCCGAUGCCCUCCGCGACCUACUGCAAGGCAACGUGCGGCAACUGCGGCCGAACGUGCUCGACGCGUGCAAUGCGCGCGCCAAAGCUCGUGCGGCGUUGGACCUGGAGGCGCAAUCUGCGGGGAGACCCCGCACAUCAGCGGAGCUAGCGCUGACCGUGUACUGGGACAUGACUGGCAGGGCAUGCCUGUUCUGGAUUGACAUGACGGGGACUGACGGCGUGUUCAACCCAGUCCUCCUGGUCCUGUAUGUGCCGGGGCCGGUGAUGCAGAGCAAGUACCCGGUGUUGGUGCGAGCGCGGCGCGCAACAUGCAGCGGCGCCUGAUGGAGGCGCAGACGCUGAAGAAGGUCCCCCGUGGUCGGCUGAAAGAGUGUGGCGGCGAAACUCACAUGGCAGGCUACCGGCAUGUGCAGACCAACAAGGCGAGCCGCGUGACCAUGUGAGUGGUAUGGGACUGGCAAGCGAUGGCAGCGAGGGAGGGGCGUGCAUAGCCGUGGUGGAGCGGAACCUAAGGGGAAAUCCAAGGAGGCGAGGGCUUUGGGCGGCGUUCGGGAUGGCUUGGCAACAGAUGCAAGGUGCACGGCCUGAUUCCUUGACAGGUAUGCGCACACAUCGAGGAGCCACGAAGCGCGGGUGGUCAUUGGUGCGUUCGGCCUGUGCAUCGCCAUGCUGCUGCUGGCGAUGUGGGACUACCUCGUGAGGAGCGCGAAGGAGACCGUCGCGGGUACGCCUGCAAUCCUGGCGACAGGGGCGCCAUGGGGCCUGGUUCCGGUCGGGCUGGACUACUUCACACACCCGCAUCUGGACCCGGACGACGCAACGCCAACUGUCGUGUUCCUGGCUCUGUGGAAGUCGGCAACAGGGCGCCGGGUGAGCUGCCAGGCGUCAAGGGUUGGACGAGCUGGUGGGGUGGAGAAGGGACCCGGCGGAACGUUUUUGUGGCCGGGUGGAGGAAGGAUGCAAAUGCCAGCCAGGGAGCAUUGCCCUGACCAAAGCCGGUGCUUGACAAUUUGGGCGUGGGCUCGCUGGCGCGCUUAUGGGUAUGGCCCUGGCCUGCUGUAUGACAGCUCACCCCUCAUCGCCAUGCAGUGCAAGGACUUCUUGGACGAUGUGGAGCGUGCGGCGCAUGUCAGCCGCAACCUGUUCACAUUUGGUGGGGUCAGCGCCUACACCCGCACCCAGGACAGCGACCUGCUGGUGUUCGACGCGCGGCAGGUGGUGCACGGUGCUGACUUGCGUGUGCCACUUAACGCUAAAUUCGAUGAGGCGGGCAUGCCGUGCGGCGUGACGGUGGGCUCUGGCGUUGUGUCACGCCAGUCUGAUGUGAAAGUGGGGAGGGCCGAGGCGCGCGGGCGGUUGGAGUUGGCGGCGGAGGGCAAGACCGCAUCUCUGCAUGUCAUGUGCAAGCGCGGUGAGGAGUUUGAGGCGGAGAUCCUGCGCAUGGCCGCAAGCGCGGGGUGUGAGGCCGAGGCUGGAUGUCAUCCGCCAUCCCAGAAGCGGGCUGCGGGUGCGGCCCUGCAACAGUCAGCUAUCAAGGGCCGCCGGGCGCAGGGCAGUGGUGGGAAGUGCUGAGCGGGCGGAUCAGCCAUGCACGGCUGGUCGCAAGCAUGUAUCGUUGUUGUUAUGAGUUCCAUAGGUAAACAAACAAGAGGCCGGUAGAUCAAUACUGUACUGAUGGGAAACUUGUGUCUCAGAUGCUGGGAAGCUUCCGGUGCAGGGCUGCGUGCGCUGUCGGCAGCCGGGAAGUUUUCUUUAGUGGAAAGGCGGGAAGGGGGCUGGGGCUGCAUCGUCAUACGGCACCGGUGCAGGGCUGCGUGCGCUGUCGGCAGCCGGGAAGAUUUUUUUAGUGGAACGGCGGGAACGGGGCUGGGGCUGCAUUGACAUACGGCACCGGUGCAGGGCUGCGUGCGCUGUCGGCAGCCGGGAAGUUUUCUUUAAAGGCGGGAAGGGGGCUGAGGCUGCAUCGUCAUACGGCACCGAUGCAGGGCUGCGUGCGCUGUCGGCAGCCAGGAAGAUUUCUUUAGUGGAAAGGCGGGAAGGGGGCUGGGGCUGCAUCGUCAUACGGCACCGGUGCAGGGCUGCGUGCGCUGUCGGCAGCCGGGAAGUUUUCUUUAGUGGAACGGCGGGAAGGGGGCUGGGGCUGCAUCGUCAUACGGCACCGGUGCAGGGCUGCGUGCGCUGUCGGCAGCCGGGAAGUUUUCUUUAAAGGCGGGAAGGGGGCUGAGGCUGCAUCGUCAUACGGCACCGAUGCAGGGCUGCGUGCGCUGUCGGCAGCCGGGAAGAUUUCUUUAGUGGAACGGCGGGAAGGGGGCUGGGGCUGCAUUGUCAUACAGCACCGGUGCAGGGCUGCGUGCGCUGUCGGCAGCCGGGAAGUUUUCUUUGGUGGAAAGGCGGGAAGGGGGCUGGGGCUGCAUCGUCAUACGGCACCGGUGCAGGGCUGCGUGCUCGUGAUGGAACAUGGCAAGGGGCAGGAAAGCGUAGUCCCGAUGUGUGUGGCUCCCACCCGUGCCCACAUAAAUGGGUAGCAAGAAGGGACAAGGCAUUGGUGCGUCGUUCGCGCGCUGUUACUGUACCGACGGUAGCUGGCAGGUGCAGGGCUGCGUGCGCUGUCGGCAGCCGGGAAGUUUUCUUUAGUGGAACGGUUGGCGGCCCCGGAAGACACAAGCCCAGAAGACAUCAUCAUGUUACAGACUGCAUCAGCCGCGUGAGCGGCUACCCAACUUGCACUGCUCCUUGCCAAUCACCAUCAUUGGUUGGCAACUGAGAAAACAAGUGGUACGUAAUGAAGUAACUUUUAUUCUCGUCGAGCUUGCAGCGCAUCACCUUCGAGUCAAUGGCUUGCAAUAGCACGGGGAACGAGUUCAGGAACGUCUGCUGGCGUUCUUGGUUGGGGG